AUGGGUUUGUGGGACCAAAGACUGGCUCUUAAAUGGAUUAAAGAGCAUAUAGAGGACUUUGGAGGUGACCCUUCUCGAAUCACUCUCUUUGGCGAAUCAGCUGGUGCCGUAAGCGUCAGUGCUCAUCUCAUUUCCCCAUGGUCACAUACCUUCUUCACGAAUGCCGUCAUUCAAUCAGGCACGGUAUUCAGCCAUUGGGGAUUGGAAAAACCACAUAGGCAUCUCAAUCGAUCGAAAAAGUGA